AUGCCAUUCGCAUUUAUACUUCUCAUUUUCUUCCCCUUUUCUCUGAGCCGAUCCACCGAAUUCACUCAUCAGCAAAUGAAUGGUCCUCGGGCGGUUCGAGAAAACGGUAACUCCAAUCGUCGGAGCAGCUCAAGCGUUAUUGACAUUUACCCACUUAGCUGCUACUACUUCGGCUCCAAAGGUUCGAUCUCCUCGCAGAACGAGACAAUUGCCGAUCGUGUUCUGCGAAUGAAAGCCAAUUAUGAUGCACAUGGGAUGAGGAACUGUGUGGCUGCUGUGAUUGCGGUAGAACUAUUCAAACACCCACAUCUCUUGUUGCUGCAAGAGCAGAACGCCAUCUAUAAACUCCCGGGUGGCCGCUCUCGACCAGGAGAAACAGAUAUUGACUGCUUAAGACGCAAGCUCUCGAGCAAGCUAUCUGUUGGUGAAGAUGGUCGUGGACCUGAGUGGGAGGUCGGAGAAUGUCUUGGAAUGUGGUGGAAACCCGACUUUGAAACUGUACUCUACCCUUACCGCCCACCAAACAUGAAGUGGCCUAAAGAGUGUACGAAGAUCUUUCUCGUCAAGCUGCCUCCAAGUAGAAGAUUUAUUGUGCCCAAGAACUUCAGACUUCUUGCUAUUCCCUUGAGCCAACUAUAUGACAACGAGGAGACUUAUGGUCAGAUAUUAUCUGGGAUUCCCCACUUGCUGUCCAAAUUCACCUUCAACUUUGUAGAGUCCUGA